AUGUCGUGCGCGUGGCGCCAACUAGCCCUCUACAGGUACCUUCACCCGUCCGUAGAGCGAGCCGCUGCUGGUCCCCGCUCCUUCAGCGAUGAAAUCUUCUCGCGCCUAUUCAAUCAGCGUAUUGUUUGCAUCAAUGGCCCUAUCUCCGACGACACGGCUUCUGUCGUCAUCGGCCAGCUUCUAUUCCUCCAGAGCGAAUCCUCCCAUGAUCCCAUCCGCCUCCGCAUUAACUCCCCUGGGGGUACCAUCACUGCCGGCCUCGCUAUUUAUGAUACCGUGCGGUACAUCAGCACCCCGAUCUCCACUCUCUGUAUAGGCCAGGCCACCUCCAUAGCGUCGCUACUCCUUGCGGCUGGCACCCCUGGCAAGCGCUACGCCCUCCCCCAUUCCCGUAUCAUGAUCCACCAGCCAACUGGUGAGCCCUUCGACAAGGCCACGGGCAUUGCCAUGCAUGCCAAGGAGAUUCUCAAACUCCGUGAGUGCGUCAACAAGAUCUAUAGCUACCACACGGGGCAAACUAUCCGGCAAAUGGAGCAGUGCAUGGAUCGUGACAUGUUCAUGUUCCCUGAUGAGGCCAAGGAAUUCGGACUGAUCGACAGGGUAAUUGUUCCCCUCUUGAUGCUGGAACAAAGGGAACUGCUCACUGGAGUGCUGCUAGAACCAAACGAAGUCCCCACGGAACCAAAUCCCCUUGCUGAAAUCCUUCCCACUGAGAUCAUGUUGAGUUCAAUAAAUGGAACCACAAAUCAAACCACAACCCACCUGACCACCUAA